CAUUGAGAUUGAUUACAUUUUUGCUCAGAAUUGUCUUUCACCUAAAUUCAGAUCUUCAUCCGGGCCGCCCAAGCUUUAGGACAAAAUGUCGGCCGAGAAAAGACCCGCGUCGGACGCGUUUGGGUCUUCGCAAAUGAUUGUCAAGCGACAACGCUCCAACGGCGAUCUGAGUGGAAGCAAUGCGGUAGCGGUAGUAAAUAGCACUGCGCAGGAUGGCGCACUUAUUCAGGCUGUCCCCAGGACAAGCGGUCUGCAGGCGCCGAUUUUAGAAUUGACCGGUCAUUCUGGCGAGGUAUUUGCGACGAGAUUUGACCCGACAGGACAACAUAUUGCGUCUGGUUCAAUGGAUCGAUCAAUUAUGUUAUGGCGAACAUACGGCGAAUGUGAAAAUUAUGGCAUAUUAAACGGACACAAAGGAGCGGUUCUAGACCUGCAAUGGUCGCGAGACUCUCGUGUUGUUUACUCUGCUUCGGCCGACGCCAUGCUCGCAAGCUGGGACCUGGACACCGGACUACGGAUACGGAGACACGUAGGACACGAGGAAGUGAUUAAUUGCAUGGACGUUAGCAAACGGGGCGAGGAAUUAUUAAUCAGUGGUAGCGACGACGGGUCCAUUGGGAUCUGGGAUCCACGGCAAAAAGAAGCCGUCGACUACAUUGAGACCGAAUUCCCCGUCACGGCCGUAACGCUGUCCGAAGCCGGCAACGAGCUCUACUCUGGCAGCAUCGACAAUGACAUCAAAGUAUGGGAUCUCCGAAAGAAGAGCGUCGCAUACACCAUGAUAGGACACACCGAUACCAUUACCUCUCUCCAAAUCUCCCCCGAUUCGCAGACCCUGCUCUCCAACUCUCACGACUCAACUGUCCGCACGUGGGACAUACGUCCUUUUGCGCCCACGGACCGACAUAUUCGCACAUUCGACGGCGCGCCAACGGGCCUAGAAAAGAACUUGAUUCGCGCAAGCUGGGAUCCCCAGGGCCAGAAGAUUGCCGCAGGUAGCGGCGACAGGAGUGUUGUUGUCUGGGAGGCUGCCACGGGCAAGCUUCUGUACAAGCUGCCCGGCCACAAGGGUACCGUAAAUGACGUGCGCUUUUCUCCAACCUCUGAACCAAUCAUCGUCUCCGCCUCAUCAGACAGAAACCUCAUGCUCGGCGAAUUAGGCAAAUAAACAAAAAAGCAACCGUUUCAUUUUCCGUCUCUGUCCAUUUGACCCCAAAUCCGCAUUCCCAUUUCCAAUUUUUCUUUUCCAAUCUCCAUUUUUUUUUUCUAAGUGAUACAAUGCGUUGUGCCUCGGGGUUUUUGUCAACUUUAUAUCAUUACUAUCAUUGUAUUGUACAUAUACUUAUUCCAGGCCUCUUGCUACCACCAAAAGAAGAGAAUCAUCUAAAGAAUACAUACUACUACAUCCC